GCUGCAUUGUUGUGAAUAGCGGCAGGACCGCACUGCACGUACAACCAGAAGGUUAUGAGGAGGUUAUUUUUGACUGCAGCAGGAUUCAUUCACACUUCAAGAAAAGCGCCUGCUGCACCAGUGUUACAGCUCACCUGGGAGCUCAGAGAGGAAGCGCCGUCUCGCUCUUUUGUUUUCUGCAUCUCCGCUGCAGAGGACAGAUAGCGGGGCGAUACGAGCAUCCAUGAGAGGCGCUUUGCAUCGGAAACAGCUUCAGUAUCACGGUUGUGUGCGGUGCAGCCAUGGAUGCUGGGGAGCUGGAGCAGCAGGUGGCCAGUGUGGAGAGAGGAAUCGCCUUCCUGAAGCAGGAGCACCUGGCCAUGUUGGCCGGUCUGCAGCUGGAGAUCACACACCUGAAGAGGCGCUGUCAUGAGCUAAGCUGUGAGCUGGAUUCCAGGUUUCCUGACAGAAGCACAGAAGUGGAGGAAGCAGAGCUGGUAGCACGCUGUGAGGCUGCCGUGCAUCUCCUGGAGGAGCAGCAGUGCAUGAUGGUCGCUGCACGUGGGGAGCUGCGAGUGGGUCGGGCUCGGGCAUCAGCACUGGGCAGGAACCUGAGGGAGGAAGAGCGGCAUUUCCUGGAGGAACUGAAACGUAGAAGCCACAAAAUCACGCUGCUGAGUCGUGAGCUGCAACGCCAAAAUGUCACCACCACGACCCUCUGCCACGAGCUCCACACUGCACGCUUAAAACUGUUCCAGCAAAGGCAGAGCACGGAGUCUGGUGCAGAGGGAGAGGAGGAACCCACGGGCAAGGAGGAAGAAGAAGAAGAGGAGGAGGAGGAGGAGGAUGAAGGUGAGGAGGAUGAAGAUUAUGAAGGGGCGGGCUCAGACUGGCUUCUGUCUCCACCUCCUCCAGCCUCUCCCGACCAGCAGGAAGCGAGACACAAGAGGCGGGUCAGCCUGCGGGAGGAGAGGGUCAGAGCAUGUGUCCCGCAGGAGAGAGUGACUUCCCCCCAGAGGCCUCACUCCAUGCCCGACCCCGCCCUCUUCUUGGUGCCGCUUAGAUUCCGCCUCCUUCGCUUGAACCGACCAAACAGAACGCAGGAUGGAGAGGCGGUGGAGGACGAGUGGGAGGACAUAGAUGACAGCAGGGUGCACAGGAGGGUGGACAUGGGAGCAGGAGAGGGAGAAACUGCUCUGUGAUGAAGAGAAAAAAGGCAAUGUUGUCUUCCAGAGGACUCUGAUGCUUGAGAAGAGAGAAAUGUACCUUUGUGAUUGUCUGUAGAUUUCAGGAAGUGACUUAUAUAUUUAGAAGUUAGUUAUACAAGAGCGUGUGAUUGAACAUCCACUUUAAGCUAUUAACUGAUUUAUCACAUUGAUGGUACAACAUGGAAAAUGUGAAAAAUGAGUGUGUCAAACCAGAAUGAGUAGUGGUAGGGUUAAAUAUGGAUUUUGACACUGUUGAUCAAGGCUUCUGCUUGUAAUUAGUAGCCUUGCCUCAAAGUCAAACUCAUCGCACUGUUCAAUGUGGCAAACUGCUUUUUCACUGCACCAGCCGCAUUCCAGGUUUGGAAAGUCACUUUAAGAAGGCUUAGGGACAUUUUGUAUGAUUUGCACUUUAUUAAAUUCAUGCAAUGUGCCUAGUAAUGGCAGAGAAGUGUUUCUGGUGUCUGUUCUCAGUGUUUGAACGUUGAACGUUUUGCAUAACUAUGCUUUAAAUAUUUUUGUAUUAUGUUUGUGGACAGAUUUUGUCACUGCAUAGCAUCACGACUGUGCAAGAUGCAGUAAUGAAACUAUACACGUGUAGU